AUCACUUUAUGAGUCAUCACUUCACUAAAGAAAGCUAUUUUUCUUUACAGGAAAGAGCUAUCAUUUUGAAAACGUAGAACAUCUAAGCAACUAUAAAAAGGAAGUAUAGGCUGAAGAUAUUAACAUAUGCGAAAAUACCAUAGUGAAGUUAAGAGAGCAAGCAAAGUAUUGUAUCACCAAAAAAAAAAACAAAAAUCAAGAUGAAGUCCUUGUUUCUUAUUCUGAUUGGCAUUUUCCUAACUACACUUGUUCUCUUCCCAUCUUCAAUCCUUGCUCGAAACUUGGCCGCAGAUGAAGUUCCUAAUGGCCAGAAUGAUCAGCAGCCAAUAAGCAAAGGAACCGAUGGUGACACGCCAUGUCACAAAACCAAACCUGGUUCUCCCUACUGUAAUGGUCCUAAACCUAAAUGCGACAAAUACAGCAGGAGAAAUUGCCAUGAUGAUGGUACAACUGAAAUUCCACAAGUCCAAAUAUCUGAUCCUAAGCCUAAGGUGACCAUUGGUGCUGGAAAACCUAAUAAACCUGUCGGACCAUGUGGGCUCAAACCCUGCCAACCUAAAAAAAAGCCAUGCAAUCCUAGAUACAGCAAGGGAUGCCAACCAUGAUGAAGUCCAAAAUUAAUUAGUAGCUAUAUAUAUAUAUAUUCAUGAAUAAAAACAUAUAUGUAUAUGUACAUGCAUAUUUUAUAUAUAUGCAUGUAUAUACAUACAUGGUGUUGUGUAUUUUAUAAGUUUUCAAAGGGCUUUUUAUUUUGUGCUGCAGUGUAUGUGUGUAUCGAUCUAGUGUGUAGUGUCUUCCUAUGACAUGCACUAUACUACAACGUACUUAAAAUAUUGUCUGAAAUAAAAGAUUGUUGAUCUAGCA